AUGGUCCGUUGUUUACACUGCUUAAUAAAAUUGCGUUAUUUUUAUUCAUUAAUUUCAGGCGAAGAUGAAAGAAUCCUAAAAAAAAACGAGACAAAAAAAAAUACUCCGGAAUCUGCUUUGAAUUUAAAAACAGAUAAAGUGCAUUGUCGUUUAGAAACUAAAGAACUUUGGGCUAAAUUUCAUGAACUCGGCACAGAAAUGAUCAUUACCAAAACUGGAAGGCGAAUGUUUCCCACGGUUCGAGUUUCGUUUUCUGGCUUAAGCCCCGAGCAAAAAUAUUAUGUUAUUAUGGAUAUAGUUCCAGUUGAUAAUAAAAGAUAUCGCUACGCCUACCAUAGAUCAUCGUGGUUAGUUGCUGGAAAAGCCGACCCACCGCUUCCUGCUCGUUUCCACGUCCACCCAGAUUCACCAUUUACAGGAGACCAACUCAUAAAACAAACUGUGUCAUUUGAAAAGUUGAAACUUACAAAUAAUGUUUUAGAUAAAUCCGGCCAUACUAUAGUCAAUUCUAUGCACAAAUAUCAACCACGAGUUCAUGUUGUAAAGAAGACUGAUGAUAUACAACUACCGAUUACUUCUCUAGAGGGACACGAAGUGAAGACAUAUUCUUUUCCUGAAACAAUAUUUAUUGGUGUAACAGCUUACCAGAAUCAAUUGAUCACGAAAUUAAAGAUAGACAGUAAUCCAUUUGCUAAAGGGUUUAGAGAUUCUACUAGGCUAACAGACUUUGAUAGAGAAACAAUGGAGUCUUUAAUCCACAGUCAUUCCUAUGCCCGAUCACCACUACGAGCUCUGCCUUCUGUUCACAUGAUCGAUGUUGAAAAGGAUAAAGGUAAUGUUUCAAUUUCUCCUCUAAAACAAGGGUGUUAA